UCUCAGCAUCAAGCAAAAGAUAGAACGGGCUCAACCCUUCAACCUUGAUCUUGUCUUUCGCCUUUUGAUCCACGAGAAGACAGAAAGUUUGCAUUGAUUUUGAGGAUUUAUAUCGGUCGCGAUAAUGAAACUCGACGAGGAUCUAGGACCUGACCGGCAGGAUGAGUUCCAGACGGACGACGAAGAAAACCAAGCCGAGCGAAACUGUGAUUAUGACGACGAUGACGACGUUAGCCAAUCUGAUGAUCUCUCACCCGGCUCGCGAAACUCAUCGGAUAAUUACGUUGACGUGAAUACUCCCUCCUGGCCUCAGAGCUACAGGCAGUCUAUGGACAUGUUCACCAGCGUUACUCCUCCUUCGAUAAGUUUCUUAACGGGCUCUAGCUUGACACAUAGAAGACUGCCACCUUCUGACUCCGAAUCCUCCCUGCACAAACCGCUCGUUUCAUCGACGAAUUUAGACAAGGAAGGACUUCCGCUAACGACUCCUGUUCAGUCAUUCACAUCUUUGUACAGUAUACUUUCUGUGCCUGAACUGCCGCCUCCAAGAGAACAGUGUUCAGUUGCUCAAGCCACGCUAAAUGGUAUAAAUGUGCUGUGUGGCAUAGGAACUCUGGCUGUUCCACAUGCAGUCCGUGAAGGAGGGUGGUUAAGUCUGCUACUGCUUCUUCUCUUCUGUAUUAUCUGCUUCUACACUGGAAUCUUAUUGAAACGGUGUUUAGAAGGUUCUCCGGGACUCAAGACUUACCCCGACAUUGGACAGGCCGCCUUUGGCAUGUCAGGUCGCCUAGUAAUAGCCAUAAUACUCUACAUGGAACUGUAUGCUUCUUGCAUAGAGUAUACAAUCCUGAUGAGCGAUAACUUGGCCACAAUGUUCCCAAAAACCCACAUGUACAUCGGAGGCAUGUAUUUGACGUCCCAUCAAAUCUUUGCCAUCGCGACAACUCUUGUCGUUCUCCCAACUGUUUGGCUGCGGAACCUCGGCUUACUUUCUUACCUUUCAGCUGGAGGAGUUGUCGCAUCGAUUUUGGUGGUGAUUUGCUUGUUAUGGUUAGGAGUAGUGGACCAAGUGGGGUUCCACCCGAGCGGGACCAUCAUAGAUCUUGCAAACCUACCAUUCGCGCUAGGAAUAUACAGUUUCUGCUAUUCAGGACAUUCAGUUUUCCCAAAUAUAUACUCCUCCAUGAAGGAACCGUCGAAAUUUCCAUGGGUUUUAGUGGCAGCCAUGGGCUUUCCUUCUAUCAUUUACAUUGUUGUAUCAGUAUGCGGAUUUCUGAUGUUCGGGGACAAGAUCAAAUCUCAGUUCACCUUAAACAUGCCCCAACAAUAUAUGGCAACAAAAGUAGCGAUUUGGACAACGGUUGUGAACCCAAUGACAAAGUAUGCUUUGACAAUUAUGCCGGUGGCAUUGAGUUUGGAGGAACUCUUGCCCUCAUCACAUCGUAAAUCUUACAGUCUGGCAUUGAUCAUCAGGAGUGUCCUGGUAAUGUCGAUCUUGAUCGUAGCACUGGCAGUUCCAUUCUUUGGUCUUGUGAUGGCCCUGAUGGGAUCUCUUCUUGCAAUGUUAGUGGCAAUCGUCUUCCCAUGCGCGUGUUAUCUCAAGAUGCAUAAGGGUAGACUGACCAAGUUGGAGAUUGCAGCUUGCAGAUCCAUCAUUGCUAUCGGCAUCUCUUGCUCUUGUAUCGGCACAUACUCAGCAUUCGCAAAUCUGGUGGACCAGAGGGUCUAAUUUGAUGGGCUUGGCACUGUCUUAUCAGUGAUUCAAUUUGGAAGACUCGAUAGCACCCCUAAGCAUUAUUAGCUUCAACCCCAAGUGGAAGGCAAUUUACAGGCAUUGAAUGGCAAGAAAGAAGGCAGCGGCUGGACAUUCAGGACAAUUUCAGAAUCUACAUGGGAGAAGUUUUGUGUUUGGCAAGAUUCAGGGGAAAGAUCCAAGAUAUACUUGUAGUGAUGAAAAAUGUGCGUAAAACAUCAGUUGACUGAACUCUCUGUUCAAGAAAACUCUGAGGGUUAGGUAGAUAACAAAAGACUGAGCUAGGUCUCCGCUUGUGCGGAUCUGUGGCCGUAAGCAUCCGUUUAAUGAAUGAUGGAUGAUGCUAGGAAUAGUCGAGGACAUAUUGCGAGUGUGUUAAUUUGUAUUAACUAGCUUAGAGGAAAAUCUUAUCCUGAUGGAGAAGAAGAGAUCCUGUUGAAUCUUCCACGUGGUGAACCUGAAUUAGUUGGGAACCAAACUCUUAUUACCUGACAAAUUGGGUAUCUAAAAUCUCAAAUUUAACCCGA